AGAAACAGCGAAAUCCUUCCUUCUUAAAACAAAACGGUCAGGCUUAAAAAACAACCCCCCCCCCUUUCGCUCGCUCUCUGGCUUUCUUUCUUCGCUCUUUGUUAGCAAGUUAGGGGGCUGUACAUCAUGCUGCCAAGAAUCUCCCAUAAUCCCCUUGGCCUGGUCUGUGGGCCCAGCUGGGGUCUGUGACAGAUGUAUUGGGUGUCUCAGAACAAGCGGUGGUUUUGUUGUGGGUUUGUGCAGCUGUACCGGAGCAGAUUGUAGACAAGCAGCUGAACAGAUAGUGGAGGUCUUCCUUCUAUUGUGAUCAUUUCUACGUCAGUAUGACAGGUUUUUGAUUUUAUUUUUAUAAACACCGUUUUUUUUUGUUGUUGUCGUCGCGUACUUUCACAGUAAGUCGGAAGAGUCUGUGGGUGAAUUUGUUUUUUUUUUUUUUGUGUGUGUGUGUGCGCCUAAAGUCAAUCUUCCUGCUGCUACUGACCACUGCUAUCUUUGAAGUUUUCAGAUCUGUUCUGGAUUUUCUCCGGAGAAAGCGCUAGAUCAUUUUUAAGUACUCGUAUAAAUAAAAUCGCUUCGUUUCGGUUGAUUUGCAUUUUUUCCAACUUUCCAUUGCUUGUUUCUUCGUCUCUACAGUUUUUCCUGUAUUAAAUCUGUGACCGUGCCAUUAAAUACUUUCUAGUAGUACAAUCAAAAUCUGAUUCCUGAUUGAGGUUCAGUACAAAAUAAUCCUUUUUGUUCCUCCAUUUAAAAAAAAAAACAAAUCCCAUCUAAUAUAUAAAAUGUCCCACAUUUCAUGCUUUUUUUAUUUUUAUUUUUUUUAAAAUUUCACCUAAUGGUUAGAACGUUCGCCUCACGCCUCCAGGGUCGGGGGUUCGAUUCCCACCGUGGUCCUGUGUGGGCGGAGUUUGCAUGUCCUCCCCGUGUUGCGGGGGUUUCCUCCGGGUACUCCGGUUUCCUCCCCCAGUCCAAAGACGUGCGUGGUAGGAUGAUCGGCGUGUCCGAAGUGUCCGUAGUGUACGAAUGGGUGUGUGAGUGUGCAUGUGAUUGUGCACCCUGUCCAGGGUGUACCCCGCCUUGUGCCCCAUGCUCCCUGGGAUAGUCUCCAGGUUCCCCCGUGACCCUGAAAAGCAUAAAGCGGUAUAGAAGAUGGAUGGAGGGAUGGAUUUUCACCUAACGAACUUGAAAAGUUUGGCUUCAAUUAUACCCUCGUUCAAUUGGCGCAAUAUUAGAGUUGUUUGUUGUAAGAUUUUGGGGUUUGGCUGUUUGAGAUUGGGAUGCUACACGUUUAUGAUCAUCCCUGCGUUGUAAAGUUGUACACUCGAGCCUCAUGUGUUUAUAUUAAGGAGUGGCGUUGGCUUUUAGGGAAUAAUAGAAGGAGAGACGGAAACUGUGUAUCAUCUUUAUCUGGGUUAAAGAAAGUGUCCUCUAGUCUCAAGCACUAUGCUGCAGGAACAGGAUUUAAGAACAGGAAGUGAAGGCGCUGUGCUCUAUCUGGGGCAUGAGGCAUUCUGGGUACUGGAGUAUUAAAGGAAUCCUGCUGCUCCUACCAGACACUGUGCUGUUGGAAAGUGCUGAAUCAUUCCUCACAGAAACUUGUUUGUUUAUUUAUUUAUUUAUUUAUUUAUUUUUUAUUAUGAACAUUUUGGACAUGGACGUGCAGUUCUACUUCCUCUGAGACUUCCUCUGGUAUCCCAUACCACAACACAAACACAGCUGUUGAGUUGGUGCUUGUUUUCUGGCGGAACGAUCAGAUUUAAAACAAUGGGCAUCAGUAUUACAUAAUCUGUUAUGUGCUUCAUGCCCUCUUUAGACUUUGUUUCUCUAGAAUGCAAUAAAAGCCGUUGAUAAAGCAGAUUAUCAGCAAUACGAUAACUUCGACAUUUUUCAAGAUAAAUGAAGAAUGCUCUUGCUUGCACAGUGGACACUGAGGGGAAGGAAGGAAGGAACGUCCUAAGUUUGGUGAAUUUCGUGGCGUGUCAGCUGUGUGCGCUCGUCUCCGCCUUCUGUUUCCGGCUCUACCUGCACCCCAGUAAGACGAGUCCGUUUGUGAGGCAUGUGGUGGCGACGCUGCUCGGAUUCUACUUCGCCCUCUUCUGCUUCGGCUGGUAUGCCCUCCAUUUUCUGGUGCAGAGUGGCAUCACCUACGGCAUCAUGAUCUUGGCAGGAGUCGAACACAUGCACAAAUACUGUUUGGUGUUUGCCCUGGCGUAUCUCGGCUUCUGUCAGAUCACACGAGUGUAUGUCUUCGACUAUGGCAUGUAUUCAGCUGACUUCACAGGGCCAAUGAUGGUCAUCACACAGAAGAUCACCAGUAUGGCCUUUGAGAUUCAUGAUGGAAUGGCGCGGAAAGAAGAUCAGCUUAAUCAGAGUCAGAAGCUGUUGGCCAUCAGGCGGAUGCCCAGCCUUCUCGAAUACUUCAGCUAUAACUGUAACUUCAUGGGCAUCCUGGCAGGCCCCACCUGUUCCUACAAUGACUACAUCGCUUUCAUCGAGGGCAAGCCCUGCCGCCACAGAGAGCAGGAGAGCAACGGCAGACUGCAGGGGAAGACCAGGCUAAAUGACCCUUCGCCUAACAUGGAGGUUAUUCGUAAGCUUGCCACCUGCUUCUUCUCUCUGCUAGUCUUCCUCUCCGUCUGUAAAGUUUUUCCUGUGGAACGAAAUAUCGAUGAUGACUUCAUUGCCACCACGCCCUUCUACGCCCAGGUGGUCUACCUGUAUCUGUCCAUGCUGACCACUCGGCCGAAAUACUACUUUGUUUGGACUCUCGCUGAUGCCAUCAACAACGCAGCUGGCUUCGGCUUUAAUGGCUACGACAGUGACGGAGUGCCGCGAUGGGACCUCAUCUCCAACCUGAGGAUAAUGAACAUAGAGCUUGCAACCAGUUUUAAGGUGUUUCUUGAUAACUGGAAUAUUCAGACCGCGCACUGGCUCAAAAGGGUGUGUUACGAGCGCUGUCCUUACAACCCUACAGCUGCCACCUUCAUCCUCUCAGCAAUGUGGCAUGGAGCUUACCCAGGCUACUACCUCACCUUUCUCACUGGCAUCGUCGUCACGCUGGCAGCCAGGGCGGUGAGACACAACGUGAGACCGUACUUUUUGGGUUCGCCAGCACACAAGCAGGUCUAUGAUGUCAUCACAUGGGCGAGCACACAGAUAGCCAUUUGUUAUACCGUGGUGCCCUUUGUGCUGCUGUCUGUGGGUCCUUCACUCAAAUUCUACAGGUCUUGGUACUUUUCCGUGCAUAUAGGCUGUGUGUUAUUGGCCAUAGCUCUGCCGGUGAAACCCCGACAUCUGCGCCUGAAGGAGCAGCACAGCUUAAUUUCCACCAGCACCGCUUCUUCAGACAGCCAGAAACCCAAAACCACAUGAGCCAAGAAACCACACCCCCACUUCAGCACACUCGACGGCCGACGCUCCUACUGUAAAUCCUUGCGUCAGGGGAGUCGGCGAAUGAAACUUAUAAACCAACAAACAUACAAACUAGCCCCUGUCUAGACUCAUCCAGUGGGUCGUGAAACUAAUCUGGGCUCGAAGCACUGGUACCAGAACUCAUUGGCUGCAGGGGAUGGGUUGGAAUGUGACCGGCGGUGUUAGGAUGGAACGCUAAGGAAACUCUGAUGUAUUGAAUUCUGCAUACUUUCCUUUAACCUCGCCAUCACUGUUGUAGGAGUUGAUGUUGUGACAUGCAGGCUGCAUCAAUUUGCAGGAGACCGUGCCACUGUUACCGAAAGCAAACGAACACUUUGGAGAGUCGUAUGACGAUAAUAAAAUACCUGUUAUGGGCAGUUGAUUCGAAAGGGGAAAAGCGUAAGCACUUCAGACAACAGGUUGGCACUGCACCGACGUCGGUUUGCAAAUAGUCGUUAUUUUCCGAUUCAUCUUUUACUCUCCUGAAUUCGGCUCCUCCGACGACGACGACGAGCCUUUGUUCUCGUCGAGGACACAGUAAAAGUUGAAUCGGAAAUUUGAACCCAUCACCUAAUGAGGUUCUUCAGUCCAUGGCAUGUUCUCUUUAGUUUAGUACGCCCUACGAUCCUUUGAUGCAUGAGGUUGCAUAUCUUAAGAUGAUUUUCCUUGUUGCAAAAAAAAAAACAACAAAAAAACAAAAAACAAAAAAAAUCACUGCAGCCUCAUUAUUGUUCAUGAAGCUUUAAGACAUUCUCAACACAUUCCAUUUUAAAUAUGUGUGCUAGAAAGACAAUUUCUAAAGAUCAUUAAUAUAUCAGAGUUAGUCUGCAAUGAAAACAUAAGAAAUGUUUGCCCAGUGAUGCAAAGCCCAACUUUGUAAAUGUGGUGAUUAAAUAUGAACCUUUUGUAACUA